AUGACUCAUAAAGGAAAUUAUAAAAUUAAAAAUCCGCGCAAAAUGGAGACUCAAUUUGAACCAACAGAGAGACCAGCUUAUUCAGAAAGCUUGUUAUCAAAACUCUCUGAUUUAGGCUUUGACGGCUGGGAUAUUAAAGGAGAUGAUAUAGAAUACAUAUUCAAUAGCAAGAAGUUCAGAGUCCUACAUGAUUUCCUCCUGAAAUAUCUGAGCCAUAGUAAUGUCCUUACAGACUCAGAGCUUAUAUGCUUCAAAGACAUAGCCAGCAUCAUGGUAGAUAAAGCAAAGAGUGAUACAUUGAUCAUGAAAAUGAGAAAGGAUGACAAGAGCGAAUUUAGCGAUGAAAUCUUCACCUUCGAUAGUUUCUCAGAUGAUGAUAAUCUCCUCGCACUUGAUGAUAUAGAACCCUCUGCUAGCCCUGCCUCCAAGGGCACAGCACCUCAGGAUCUUGAUAUUAUUGACGAGGAAUUUGAUAAUUAUGAGGAAAUUCUAAAGCAAGUUGAUCAAUACGAUCUCGAAACUUUGCAAGGAAAAAUGGAAAUUGAACUUGAGAGAAAUGAAAUAGAACAAAAGUUAGGAAUAGAUACAGAGGAUACCUUGAAGCAACAACUUAUUUCAAUGGAAGCAGAGGCUAAUCUGUUGGAUAAUGAGGAGAGAUUACUUCAGCUUGAGCUCCAAGCUCUUGAGGAAGAAGCAGAUAGGUACGAAGCAAUUUUUGAAAAUAAAGAAAAUCAAUGACAAAAUAAUCAAAACCAAAGCAGAUCCCAUCAAGAUGAAGAAGAGCUUGAUGCCGAAGUUGAGUACUUUAUUUCGGAUGCUAAACAAAUUUUUGAAUCAAUUGGGACAAAGAUUUCAAUCUCUUCUUACAGCCUCUGUCCCCAUAAUUGGCCAGGAUCUCAGUUCCCUGGCUGAGACCCUGUUGAAAAUAAAUGAUCUAUAUCAUCUUCAUCAGUAAAUGAUUUCACCUCUUACAUUGGUGAAUUUAUUUCUAAACUAAAUACCUCAUAUGAGACUGCCCUGCACUUACUGAAAAAUCAGAAUAAGUCAAGCUCUCCUUUGGUCUCUGAUGAGGAAAUGAAGCCCUUGAUUGAUAACUGUUUUGGAAUAGAGAAGCAUUUGGUAAUGGCUCAAAUUCGAGAGCAGAGAAGCAAGAUUUCCCUUAACUGAAUCCAGAAAGACAAUAUUGUAACAGAACAUGAUGCCACUGAGGAGAAGGUGAAAGCUAUGGAGAAAUCUACACAGAAAUUAUUUGAAGCUUUGAUUAAAGAGCUCAACAAAAAUUCCAUCUUAAGAGUGAAUAAAUUAUACAAAGCUGAUGCUGUCUCAGGAUCACAAGAGGUUCUAAAUUCAAGCAAGAGUUCGGAUAACAGUGUUAACCUAAAACAAAGUAUGAGGCUGUGCGAGCUGACAUCUGAGAAACUUCGGAGAUAUGUUUACCUGACCUCUGCCCUUAUCGAGUUAGACAAAAUUUAUACUCAAAACUUAGCUGACUCAUUGGUGAUGUUCAAUGAAAAGUCACAGAAUGUUAAGGCUUCGCUUGAAGAACUGGUUACAACUCUUCGUAUUCUUUAUGAUGGAAAGGUUUCAAAUAUUGUGUCAAAAGAUAGGAAAACUAUUGAUGGGAGGGACACUUUUAUGAAUACUAUCUAUAGAAUUGCUCAGUGAUAUAUGAACAACUACGAUGCUUGCCCUCAAGAUAUCAGUACUGAUAAGUAUUUAGCUAAGAAAAUGGCAAUUGGAAAGAUCUCCUCAGCUGUUACUCACAUUUGCAAGAAGGCCAAUAUGAGUAGAGAAGGCACUGAUGUUGAUAAGAAAAUUACCCAAUCUGAGAACUUACAGAGAGUUAGCAAGGAUAUCUGCUGUUGGAUUCUUAAGAACAAUCUUUCAUCCAAUACUCAUUUUUCAUACUUAAAACCAGAAAUCUUUGCUAAAAUUGAUCUAUGAAAGUCAAAAAUAUCUGCUAUUGAUUCAGAAAUUCAUACUGUGAGAGAAGAUGCUGCUAACAUCUUGAAGGAAAAUAGCAUGAAAUCUCUAUAUGGAAUUGAGAUCCAUAGAUACGAAAUCUUGCAUGAUUUCUUGUUUAAUAACUCCAAGAGGAUCAUAAAUGUCAUCGAGAACCCUAAAAUCGAGGAGGACCUCAGCCAGUACUUGAAUGAAGAUGAUAGUCAGCCAGGACUUGGCCCAAGAUCUGUGAUAAUUGAGCCUGAUAAUAGCUUGUAUCAGUACUAG